AGAGCGAAAAGAGACUCGCCCCAAGCACCUGUUAACUGCGCCGUCCCUAGCUUUUCAGCUUUGGGAGGUUCGAGCACUCAUCGGCUCCUUUAUUGUACAAUAGCCGGCCGGUGCGACGACACGACCGACAAAAAAUUCAGUCCUACUAUAAUCGAAAUCCGUUGCGCUUAUUAAUUUUUUUAAACUUUUCAAACAAUCAUGUCCGAACAAGCUCAAGACUCGAACAACGGUCCGGUUGUAAACGGGGACCAAAUCGGCGAUAACAAAGAAAAAGAAGCGGUGACGGAAAAUGGCACUAAUAAUGGCGAAACCGCGGAACCUGUUGCAGAAACCACCGAAAACGAGGUACCGAAAAAGGAGAUGAGGGCCGUCGUAUUGACCGGGUUCGGCGGUUUGAAAUCGGUUAAGAUUUUGAAAAAACCCGAACCGACCGUCAACGAUGGGGAGGUUUUAAUUCGGGUAAAAGCAUGUGGACUAAAUUUCCAAGACCUAAUGGUACGCCAAGGUGCUAUAGAUUCACCUCCAAAAUGUCCCUUCAUCUUGGGUUUCGAAUGUGCUGGCGAUAUUGAACAAGUCGGAGAAGGUGUUGAAGAUUUCCAGGUUGGUGAUCGUGUGGUCGCCCUUCCAGAAUACCGAGCCUGGGCGGAACUUGUAGCAGUUCCAGCCAAAUACGUCUACAAACUACCCCAAGGACUGUCCUAUUUAGAUGCCGUCACCAUCACGAUGAACUACACUGUAGCUUACAUCCUCCUAUUCGAAAUCGGUGCUAUAACUCAAGGAAAAUCGAUUUUGGUGCAUUCCGUUGGCGGUGGAGUGGGUCAAGCGGUAGCUCAACUUGCCAAGACCAUUCCAGACGUGACUAUCUUUGGACUUUGUUCAAAAGGCAAACACGAUACACUCAAAGAAGCUAGCUCAGUUGACCAUCUUCUUGAAAGAGGCUCCGACUAUGUCAGCGAAAUUAAAAAGAUAUCACCCGAAGGAGUCGAUGUCGUAUUGGAUUGUCUUUGCGGCGAAGAGUGCAAUAAGGGCUAUAACUUGCUUAAACCCAUGGGACGCUACGUUCUCUACGGAACAUCUAACGUAGUUACCGGUGAGACGAAGGGCUUUUUCAGUGCCGCAAGAUGUUGGUGGCAAGUGGACAAAGUGUCCCCAUUGAAAUUGUUCGACGAAAACAAGAGUUUGGCCGGUUUCAACUUGCGCCACUUGAUGUAUCAGCAAAACGGAGCUGAGCACGUUAAGAAAACCGUCAGCAAAGUGUUCCAGUUGUUUGAGGAUGGAAAAAUUAAACCGCUUUUGGAUUCCACUUGGGCUUUAGAAGAUGUGGCUGAAGCCAUGCAAAAGAUGCACGACAGAAAAAAUGCAGGAAAAAUGAUCCUCGAUCCCAGCUUGGAGCCCAAACCGAAACCGGCGACUCCGGCCAAAGGUAAAGACAAGAAGAAGCAGUCGUCCGAAGAGAAAAAGGACUCUGAAGAAAAGAAGGAGGAUAAGAAGGAAAAGAAAGAAGAAAAGGAAAAGGAGGAUGAGAAGAAGGAAAAGGAAGAGAAAAAGGAAGAAGUGGUCACUAACGGUACUGGAGAGCCUGCUGCUGAAGAAGCAGAAAAGAAGUAAGCUAUUUAACAGAGUAUAUAAAUGUAUUUACCUGUUGACAAUGAUAAUAUUUAAGAUAAUCAACAUUUAAUUAACACAAAGAUUGUAUGAAAUAUAAUAUUCAAAAUGAUCCUAAACCUAAAUACAUAUUCUCAAUCAUCUUUGUGUAAAGUAAAAAAAAAAAAACACACAUUUCUUUACAAUUAUUAUUAAACAUAUUUCCAUAGGGAUCUCAAACUGACCAUAUUUGCUGUGUUAUAAUUUUCAAAUCAAAAUUAAAAGUCUGUGAAAUGACCAAAUCAGUAGAUUAAUCAACUAACACGUCAUCAAGUUUAUAUAUAUAUAUAUUUUUUUUUAAUUAGCUUAAGAAUUAUAUUUUUCUGUAAUAGUUUGUUUUAAGUGAAUAAGUUUGUAUUAUUAAUUAUUUGAAUGUGUUUUGUUUAGUAAUGAAGUUUAUAUGAAUAUGUUUUUAUUUUUGCCUUUUGAGAGAUUUUUAUUCCAAAAUUUUUUGACAAGGGACGUUUUUGCAGAAAAUUAUUUCAUAAAUAUAUUCCUGGCUUUUGUGCUUCAAUAUUUCUGCAAAAAUCCUUGAUUAAUUUUCAUUUAAAUCGACAUAUCUUAUAUUAUAAUCGACUUCAGACCAAACAUCUAUAAGUAGUUAGCAUUUUGAUAAACAUAUUUUUUCAUGCCAAAUUAAUGGAAACGAAUUUGUACCAUUCUCAGUAUACCUAUAAUAUUUUUGCUAAAAAUUGCCAUUUUACUGAAAGCCAUAUCAACUUUGAACACUUUUAAAAACGAAUUUUUAUACUGUAAACAUUAAGUUUAGCAUUUUAAGGCAAAUUUCCGUUCGCUUAUACUGUAAUCUCUUGCUAAUUAUUGUGUAAAAUCCUUAAACUGUAUUUAAAUUAAGGUAUAAUUGUGCAAAAUAUAUUUUUCAUAAAUCGUAUGGAAUGAGACCCAAUGUAUUUAGAAAAGCCAGCUAGAAAAAUGUUGUGUAAAAAAAAAAAUAUUCCAUUAAUGAUUAUUAAAAGUAUGUUGAAUGAUGCUUAAAAAUAAAAAUUAUUAUGUACAUGUAAGACUGAUGUGUUAAGCUACUGCAUUUUAUUGUUUGGAUGCCUGUAUAAUAAAAAUUGUAUGAUUAUGAUAUUUGGAGUUUGAUUUUGAACUUUUCUGUAGGCAA